UGUAAAAUUUAUACCUUCACCAACAAACGGAGAUAGAUGUUCUCCGAGACGGGGUCUCGCCGAUUUUUUUUCUUUUGGUGUUUAUGUUUGAUGUCUAUACCCUAAAACAUAACGAAAUAUAGCAUGUAAUCCUAAAAUAUCAUAAAGUACGAUAACUACAGGUUUUAUUUUGUGUAAUUCUAUCCAAAAAUGCAGAAAAGUACAAAGGAUGGCUUAGAAAAACGAUGGAUUUUCCAUAUAGUAGAAAAAGUUAUAAACACUCACCAUUUUGGAAAGAAAGAGGGAGACAAGAAGAGCCUGGGAACGAAGCACGAUGCUGGUGCUUCCACAUAAUAUAUUCAAAAUUUCCCUGAAAAUUUUGGGAAAAUUUCCAAUAUUAUUAAUUAAUCCGUUUCCUUUGUGUUUCCAUUAAAUUUCUUUUACGUUGUUAAAUUUUGGAAAUUGAUUCAUACUUUAUUCUUGUAUUUUAUUACUAUUCUUAUUUAAAAAUAAUUAAAAUUACGCAUGAAUUGUUAUUGAAACGAAUCGAAACGUCGUAAUAAAAUAAAUUUCUAUGACUACAUUUGCUUUCAAAAUUCCAUUGAUACAAAAUUCCCAAUAGGAAAUUUCCUAUCUCCCACAAUACUUCAUUUAAAUAUAAUAAUAACAAAUUCAAUGAAAAAAAAUUAACAAUGGCUACCUACAAUGAAUGAUUGAAUGCCACAAUGUUUCAAGCUAAAACAUGAGCUAAAAAUGGCAAUAAAUAUUAUGAAAUCAUGUAAAUUUAUUCAUAAAAGAAAACUGUAAACGUCGACAGUUGUCAAUUUUAUAGUAAUGGCUAAAACAUCGAGUGUUCCUUUUAUUAUCAAUGUUGUUAAUACGGCUUUUGGAGUGACUGUUUUAGCUGUGCCUUACUGCUUUCAUCAGGUCAGUAGGUUUAAAAAUACGAUAAAAAUAUGUUUAGGGUUGUAAUUUAUAAAUGCUUCCUACCUAGGCUUGCGUGACGGUAAAUGUAGUUGUUUUGGGGGUUUUAUUUUAUAUUGUACUGUACUAGAAAGUAGAAAUGAAUAUACAAAAUUGGAAAAAUACAAUGAAACUGUGAAAUAAAAAUCCAACACAAUUUGGUAAUCACACAUAUACAGAGGGUAGAUAUGUUAGCAGACAGGUGUAAUUCAAGACAAUUUGCAUGAAUAAGGCCAUUUAGAGUAAAUUCAUUUACCAUUAAUAAUUACCAAGUCAAAUCCGAGUCAAACGUCCGAGUCAUGUAAAAAAAGACGAAAUUGAAUAAAAUUCACAAUCGAAUAGGGUUAGGAGUAGGGACUCGGUCAGACCAUUUAAAUUCCAUUUGAUGCUUUACCAGCAACUAACCAGUUAACCUAUUGUAAAGUACGGUACAUGUUACAUAAUUUCACCCUACUUUACUAUGUUGCUUUGUCUAAAGGCUGUUUUCCACUGCAACUGUAUCGUACCGAAGUGUAUUUUCAUUGUUUCCUGAACACUAGAGAGGAACUGAUGGCUUUGACACAAAUGAAAAAAAUGCUACGAUGCGUUACAAUAUGGUUGAUGUGUAAAACAGCCUUAACACCAGAACUAGACAAGGUAAAUUCAGAUAUUUAAACCAUUCUCUGAGUAGUCUAGUGUUGCUAUAUCAGUUAGAUAGUCAAUCAUAUUUUAUUUGUUUGCAGUGUGGUCUGAUAUUAGGUGCCAUGCUUCUAUUUGCAUCGUCCUAUGCAUCAAAAAAGUCAUGUAGUUUAUUGCUGAGGUCAGCACAAAUAUCUCGGAAACGAGACUUUGAAUCAUUAGGUAGGUUGGCAAAAUUUACGCUGGAUGUUUUUGGAUCUUCAAUAAACAAAAACAAUUAUAUUGUGUAGUUUUAUUCAUGUGUGGGCUUAAAUUGACACAGAUGUGCUUGCUUGUGAUGCUUAUAGGUUUUCAUGUUGGUGGAUUUUUAGGAAAACUUAUUGUUGAAAUGAGGUUAGUCUUGGAUUGGGUUGAAAGCUUUAAGUAAGCUCAAUACCUCACAAAGAUGCUCACAGAGUGCAUAACCUUUGAAAUAUUAGCCCAUUCCUGUUUAUUAUCAGUUAUUUCAUGUCCCCCCUGAAAUAUGAACCAACCCCAAUUAUCAGUCACUUUACCACUCCUAAAAUGUGAGCCAGUGACCAACACUCCUGAAAUAUCAGCCAAUACCUGUUGAUUAUAAGUCAUUUCACCCUUCCCCCUAAAAAUGUAAACCAAUACACCCCCUGAAAUAUCCCUCAAUUAAUACACCCCCUCUCCAUAGCCCUUCCCCCCAUAAACAUGAACAAAUGUACCCCGUCACUAGUGCCCCUCCCCCUGAAAUAUCAACCAGUACAUCCCUUGUACCCCACCUACCACCACCUUCACUAGACCAGACACUUAUCAAAGAUUUUAUCAUUGCAGUCUUAUAGGUUAUUUAGUGGGUACAGCAAUAGCUUGGUUUGUUAUCAUUGGUGAUGUUUCACCAGCAGUUGUGUCCAGCAUAUUUGGCAUAGAAGUAAGAUCAUAAUCUGCAAUAAUCAUAAUCAUAAUAAUAAUCUGCAAUAAUAAUAAUAAUAAUCAUAAUCAUAAUCUGCAAUAUAUGGGCAGUCCAUGCCUAGUUUAUAUUAACUUUGGAAAGUGUAAAGAUGGUUUGUAACUCAUUGAUAGUGUGUUGUAAUUUCGUAUUGUAGCUUUGUUAAAGCUUGUAACCCUGUCUCUAUUGUUUCACAAUGUCAAUGUAAUGUGUAGGACCGUAGGUAGGACCUAAUUUGAGACUCCUCAGUCAUGUCUCCCCAGUCUUCAAUCGUUUUGUUGAUUGUAAAGUUUAUAAAUUAAAUGAAUUAUUUCUGGUAAAACUCUUGAAAAAACGUUAAUAUAUGAUGAUAGUCAAAUUUGGUGGAUUUUGUUAUUGGUGGAUUGAGUCAACAGAUGGUGGUUAUAAAUCUUAGCUGCAAGAACUCAAUCUGCUUACAGAUAGCGCUUUGUCAAACCCAGUGAUCUCAUUAUAUCAACUGUAUUUUCUCUAGAAAACAUGGGGAUUAAGAUUAUUUUUAAUUGUGGCAAUUGGCGUUUGCGUUGUGCUGCCUCUUUCAUUGGUUAAAGACAUUACAAGUUUGAGCAGUGCAAGCAAUGUGGCUAUUGGGAUAUAUAGUAUAUUCGUUUUACAGGUAAUGGGCUUUAUUAUCAAAGAUCAGAGUUCUGGCAAGAUGUAUAAACCGGAUACUUGGGCAAUAUUAUUAAUAAGUAGUAGUUAAAAUACGAGCAGCCGAUCUUUAUGCCGAAGCGAGAGUUUGGAUAUCAGAUAAAGAUCGGAUGCGAAUGUAUAUCAGAUAAAGAUCGGUGCUUAAAUAAAAUGACCCAUCUUAUGAGUUCAUUGGCGAAGUAAUUUUAAAAAUAGGCGUUGUCUAAGCCGAGAAAAUCAAAGCUGAAGUUUAUGUAAAUCAAGACAAAUCUUUAUCCGAUUUACAAACAUUUAUUAAACAUUAAUUUCUUUUGUAUUUUCUUCAUGAAUUAUUAAUGAGAUUUUUAAAUCAUGGUAAAUACGAUCUUGCUAUAAAAAUUGCACGCUUUUUUCUCUUCAGCUAUUGUUUAGCACUUUACCACGAAUUUUAUCAGGUGAUUGGCUUGAUGGUGCCAAUUUCUGGAAACCUGACGGAGUUUUGCAAUGUUUACCAAUCUUUGGCAUCUCAUUUCUUUGUCAAACGUAAGUUGGAACCAUUGAUUUAUCAGAUAUAAGACACUCAUCUGUCGACAGCCUGGUGUUUUAAACAGUACAUAAAUCAUAUAUUAUAUUUUUAUACAGUGUUAUUUUUGUACUUUACGAUGCGUUGCCUGAGCCUUCUGUCAAGAAGAUGGAACACGUGGUUGAUACCGCGAUGGAUAUUGUACUUUUACUUUCUUUUACUGUAAGUUGAAAAACAAGCAUUUAUAUUUUGCUUUUCAUCAAUUUAAUUUUUUAUCUUGUUUUUCUAAAGGUUGGGUUUUCUGGUUACGUGAGAUAUUUCGAUGACGGAGUUCAAGGAGAUCUGUUGAAUAAUUAUAAGCACGACUUUAUAUCUGAAUUUAUUCGCUUAGGUAUGAAGAAACAUGUUUAACUAUUCUGUUGUAUACGGAUGUCACCAGCACCAGCACUGAUUGUUAAACAUGAAUAAAAACAACAGCAGCAACAACGGCAGCAGCAGGAACAACAAUAGCAGGAACAACAAUAGCAGGGGCAACAAUAGCAGGAACAACAACAGCAACAACAAUAACAGCAACAACAACAACAACAACAACAACUGGGACAUUUAAUAACUACGCAUUUCGUUUAGGAUUUUGUAUUUCUACGAUAUUGAGUUUUCCGUUGUUGGUGUUUCCAUGUCGAUCUAGCAUUAAUUCUUUGAUUUCUUCAGCAAGGGUAGGUAAUGCGAUAAAUUUGCAGUUAUAAUACAUUGUGAGGAGUACGUUAUCAGAACUGAGAGCCCUGUUUAUGGUUUUACUUUUCAGCUUGAUGUAACACCUACUGGAGGAACCUACAUUCCACACGAUCGAUUCUUUGUGAUCACAUGUUUACUCGUCAUUGGCACGGUCAUUUGUGGAGUUCUCUUUCCAAGUGGUACGCCCUCAUUUAUGCUGGAUUAGGAUUAGAAUUGAUUAGCUUAGGAUUAGAAUUAAUUAUGUACGAUUAGAGUUAAUUAGGGUAGGAUCAGAACUAAUUAGGUUAGGAUUAGAAUUGAUUAGGGUAGGAUUAGAAUUAAUUAUGGUACGAUUAGAAUUAAUUAGGGUAGGAUUAGAACUAAUUAGGUUAGGAUUAGAAUUGAUUAGGUUAGGAUUAGAAUUGAUUGGGUUAGGAUUAGAAUUGAUUAGAAUAGGAUUACAAUUAAUUAGGGUAGGAUUAGGAUGAGAGCUGCAAUUAAGAAUAUGACUGGGAUUAGUUGAGUUUAGAAUUGCAAAAAUUCAGAAUGGUUGAAGGGUAGGGAAUCGCUGUGUUUAAAUGUAGAUGUAGUAUCAAAAUUGACCCGUUCUGUUUUAAUUCCAGUUGAGUUUGUGAUGGCUUUAGUCGGAGCAACCAUGGGUGCAAUGUUGACAUUUAUUCUCCCAUCCUAUAUAUUUCUUAUCGUGUCUGGAGAGGACCACUCGAAAGCAGUCGCGAAGGUUUCAAAUAUUUCUUUAUUUUUUAUUCAACCUAGCAUGUCAUAAAGUUCCUUGUAGAAAUAAACCCGUUGUAUAAGGUGAUAAAAUUGUCUUUUCUUGUUUUACCAGGUUUUAUUUGUGACUGGCAUUUGUCUCUUAUGCCUGAGUACAUUCUCCGUUCUCAGCAUCAGUGAAAGUCAAAUGAAGGAAGCAGAAAUGUCGCCUGUUAUACAACCUCCAGUGCUUAACCCUCCAACACUCAAACCUAACACUACCUUCGUGAAAUCUUCUGAACAAGUGAAAAAAGUUGAGGUGUGUACGUGUGUAUAUAAUUAGUUACCUUGGUUACCUUUGUUCUAUUAGCCAUUUCCCAAAGUCCUGGGAAAUAUGGCAGCACACAUUUAAAUUAAGAGGCUUUUUUUUUAAUGUCACGUAUUUGCAAUGAAAAGUGUUCAAAACCUAAAAUCUUUUUGGCGUCGCUUUCAAAAUUACUUUGUUUUAGCUUUAUUCUCUAGUCUAUACAGUUAGCAACCUUUUUAAAUGCAUCUGCCGGUUGAGAAACAUAAAAUAAUAGUCAAAAAUUGUCAAUUAAAAUAUAUUAUCAAUGAUGCUUUAAAAUUGACGCCAUGUUUUAUACAGCCAUAUAAGCUAAACUUACUGAACUUCGGACAUCAUUUUCUCUUUGGCGUACCAUCUAAAAUCUUUUCAUUUUAGUAUUAUUUUACAGAUAAAGCACCAAACAUACUUUUUAAAUUUGUUUGCCGAUUGAGAAACGUAUUGAAAAAUAAAAAUUUUGAAUUUAGUCAUGACCUCAAGUGGAAUAUUAUACGCAUUAGUUUUGAGCGGAUGUUACGUAACAUACAAAAAAAUCUCCUCUUAAAUGUUUAAUGUAAAAAGGAGAUAUUUCAUUUUUGGUCGUCUAAAAAGUUGAUAUUUGAUAGUAGAUACUUCUACUCUUUCACAUAUUUGGCGCCUGUCACCAUAUAUUUUGUCCCUCUAAACGAUCCCAGCAUGCACUAUGAUCUCUUUUGGGAAAAGGCUAAUCAUAUGCUCGUGUAUACUAGAACAAUAGUAACUACUAACUAGGCAUGUUAGUCUAUUGAUAUUCAAUGGUCAAUAGUCAAAUUUCUCUCAGUAUUGAUGGUAAUCGUUUUCUCCUUAAGGUAUUGCUUAAUAAAAAUGAGAAAUCAAAUAAGAGCACGCUUCAAGGAGGAGAAGUCCACGAUGAGAUGAAGAGGAAUAUAAUUGAUGAGCAAAAGGUUCUAGUCCCUCAAAGAAACACGGCAGAAGUUGUGGAAGACUCAAGAAAAGAGCCAGUAUUACCUCGAGAAGGCAUUGUCAGACAACUGCCUGUUGACGGGCGGAAACCCGCAGAGGACCAGGAUACAAGACUUGCAGAGAAGAGAUUCAUACAGCAACCUGACACAAACCUCGACUCCAAGAAGAAGGACGAUUCGGAAGAGAAAGAUCCUACCUUGAACGAUGAAGUGCGCAUUGCUGGAGAAAGAAAAAUAUUGAAUAAUGGUGAAGACGUACCUUCUCAUGUAAAACCCAUCACAGUUCAACAAAACAAGCCUAGGACCAAUACGAGUUUAACUGAUGAAAGGACAUUUGUGGUUGAUAAGGAGCGAUCUGUAGAACAAAAUCUAGGGUCAGAAAAUGUCGUUAUAAAUAAAACAAUUGCUGAUGUAAACACGGAUUAUUUAGAAACAGUUGGGAGAGAAACAAAACAAGAUGAAAUGAAAGAUCAAAAUACUCUUACUAAUAACAGUGAAGCAAGAAUGGACAGUAUUAAAUCGUUACGGAAAUUUCAACCGCCUUUAUUAUUAAGAAAACAGCUUCAGCAAUCUAGGAUAAAACUAAUAGAGCGAAGUCGUCGAAAAACAUCGUCAGAUGACGAGGAUUUUUAAAAAUACGUAAAAAUAGAAUGUACAUUUUGUGUACAUUGGGAUUAAGCCAAGGAGGGAAAGAAUAUUUCUCAGGCUAACAUUAUGCUUGGCCUUGGGGUUGUCUAAAUACACGUCCAAUCCAAAGUGGAUGACAAUGUCUGCCUUUAAGCAAAUGUGGGGUAAGAUGGAGAAAGGACAAAGUGUUGUGUGGAAUUUUCUCCACCGAAAACCAAUUACAUACAUGUAGAACUGUUUUUGAAACAUUUGCGAUCGGUUUUUCCUCAUGAUCUAGGACAUGGGCUAGAGCCUGCUCGUAGGCUGGGCAUGGGUAUAUUUAUUAGCAUCGACAAAUAGUCUAUAACAUUCCAAGAAUUACUGAACUGAGUUAGGCCCCGUUUACAUGAGACCAGGACGAAGUCAAACCGGAAUGAAAAUUUAAAUUGUCAACAUGUUUACAUGAGACCGGUACGAAAAUCACAAAAUUUUCAAUUUAUUCCCCUUUGCCUGGCAAUUUUCUUUUUUAGAUGGCUUUUGUUAGCAUGUGUUGUUCCAAUGUCAAGAUUACAGUCGAGACCGGUCUGAAAUGUAUUUGUGUUUACAUUCAUCCCAGUCUAAAUUCAUGCCGGUCUGAAGUCAGUCGGUUCGGUCCAGCAGGCGGAAUGACUUGAGACCGGUCUGAGUUAUUUUCGUCCUGGUCUCAUGUAAACAUCUAUUAUAAUUUAUAACUAAUACUAUAACCGAAACGAAAUGGUCCCGGUUUGACUUCGUUCUGGUCUCAUGUAAACGGGGCCUUAAACUGACUAUCGCAGGGUGACCCCAAACAGCGAUUAGCGAAUAUAAUUAUAUCUUUUGGUCUUAACAAAAAAUUUGCGUACCAGUAA